UAUAAAAAGAAAUAGAGGGAGUAACCACAUUCAUAUAAUUCUUUUUUGAUGAAACACCAUCCAUAUAAUUGAGUUGACUUUUGGGUAUUAUUACUUCAUCAUUAUAUUUUCCAUAUAACCCAAUGAUAAAUAUAUUUUAAUAGUAUUUCCAAAUUAAUGUUGAUUAACAAAGAUUGGUUUUUUCUAUAAUCUUUUUUGUGGUGGGGGGUAUCCUCUUUGAUAUGUUCUAUAUAAUGGUGAUACGUACGGAUUCUUUUCAUAAUGUAUAAGCAUAACCACAUUUUGUAAACCUAGCCAUUAAGAAAACAAGCGAUCAAAAAUGGCGAAAUUGGGGAGCUUAAUAUUCAUCUCUAAACUUGUGCUUCUCCUCAAUUUUGCAGUAACGACUCUUGCAAAUGAUCCUAAUGAUUUUCAAGCAUUCUACUAUAUACAACAGUGGUUACCCUCAUACUGUAAUCAAAAAGGGACGCCAUGUUGUUACCCACCAACUGGAAAACCUAAAGCAAAUUUUGCAAUCUAUGGGCUAUGGCCUUACAAAAAUGAUGGUAGUUCCUUUCAAAAUUGUCCCGGUUCUACUUUUGAUGUUGCUCCGCUUAAACCUAUAGAGAAAAUGCUACAAACUGAAUGGCCCUCUUUUACAUGCCCUCAAAUUGGGAGGAAAUUCUGGCUCCAUGAGUGGAACAAGCACGGAACAUGCUCAAAAUCCGUCCUAGACGAGAUGUCAUACUUUCACACAGCUCUAAACCUCAAGAACAAGAUCAACAUCUUCCAAGCCCUCGCAAAAGCCAAGAUACAACCCAACAACCAAUUUUACUCUCUAGACAGCAUAAACACGGCCAUCACUCGAGCCACCGGAUUUCGCCCUUCAAUUUUCUGUAACCAUGAUGCUCAAGGAAACAGCCAGAUUUGGCAAGUUAUACAUUGUGUGGAUAAAAGUGGUGUGAAACUUAUCAAUUGCUCUAGUACUCCUAAUAAUCAAGGAGGUUGUUCUUCUACCAUUAAGUUUCCCUCUUAUAAUUAAUUAGUUUGCACUUUUUAUGUCUACAUUAAU